AUGGCACCUCCCCAGAUCUGCGUGAUUGGCUCCCUGAAUAUCGACUUUGUCACCUACACUCCACGUUGUCCCGAUGCCGGCGAGACCCUCACAGCCAACUCCCUCGCUAUCAGCGCCGGAGGGAAAGGUGCCAACCAGGCGGUCGCGUGCGGUCGCGCCUCUUUCGCUUCCAAAGACAACCAAGAUGCGUCGGUGUAUAUGAUUGGCGCGGUCGGAGCAGGUGAUCCCUACUACUCGGCCCUCCUUCGCCCAACAUUGGAGGGUUCCGGAGUCAGCACAACGGGAAUCCAGGAAAAGACGGACAGCCAAACGGGUUCUGCUACAAUCAUCGUGGAUGAAGGAGCUGGAGGAGAGAAUCGGAUUUUGUUCGUCCCCGGUGCUAACUACUCGGGAAUGGAUAAUGUAGAUGCAGUCCUGGCUACCACUCGGAAUAUCCAUCUAGAACAAGGUGUUGUCGUGAUGCAGGGCGAGAUCCCGAGGUCGACCACCUUGGAGUUGAUGAAGCACUUUAACAGCGCUUCCUGCGCUUCUCACCUCGUCUUCAACCCCGCACCAGUCUUCACAGAAGGGAUUCCCCUGGCCGCUCUUGCCGGCACGAGUGUGCUGGCUAUGAAUGAGACUGAAGCUGUCCUCAUGACCCAGGCGGUCAAGGAGCAUCUCACCCCUGCCCAGCAGGAGCAAGACUUGAAGCCCGAGGAACUUGCACCUCUAUUCCACAAACAUGCCCAGGUCCAGAUUGUUCUAAUUACUCUCGGAGCCAAGGGUGCCUAUUACUCAACGGCCACUGGCAAGCAGGGCUUUGCCCCCAGCGCCGCGGUGGAGAAGGUUGUAGACACCACUGCCGCCGGAGACACGUUUGUCGGUUACUUCGCUACUGCCUUUGCCAAGUUUGUUGCCACCGGUGCUCCACUGGCGGACUUCGAUGCCCAGAUCGAAGCGGCCGUUCGGAAGGCGAACGUGGCCGCUGCAGGGUGUGUGCAGAGGAAGGGUGCGAUGCAGAGCAUCCCGUUCGCUUAUGAGAUCUAG